AUGGCAAAGCCAAAGGUCGACCUACACAUCGCAAUCCCAACUACACUAGCGUUUCCUUCACCACAGGAUCCAAUAACCGACACUUGUACUGUUGACUCUCGUUUUGCUGACACAUGCGCUGUUGACGGUUGCUCUACCACAGCUCCAAUUCACACGAUUGCCAAUCGACGACUGUCUGUUAUGCGCGUAUCAUCAAACGAUGACAUUGAAAACUAUGUUUUGCCGUUUUCUAACACAAACACUAAUAACACAAUAUCGUCAACCAUGCCUUUGCAUGAUGGUUAUAAUGGGGAAAAGGAGAGAAGAGGGAUAUGGGGUAGAGUAUGGGGUGGUAAUAUUACACUUGUGUGGCGAAGAUUUGUAGAUAGAUUACGUUCUGCUACCUCUACUGCAACUACAAUGGCGACAGCAGUAAAUGUUGCUACGGUGACCAGUUUAUUUGCAUACGCUAGAUAUGUCCGAUCCAAAUUAACCUGGCCUAUGGCUAAAAAAGUUCUCAGAGCGGCAGUUGCAUAUUGGUUGGCGUUCCUAAUUGAAUUGAGUAUACCCAUAAUGUCUGCCAUUGGGCCAGCUACUUUUCUUGCCGUUGUUGCUGUUGUAUAUUUCCAACCUGCUCGAACAUGUGGAGCAUUGUGGGAG